AUGAUCCAGCAUCCAGACGCGGCCAGCGAGCGUCCCUACUUACCCACUCAGCAGACCGAGAUCAUAGACCACGACGGAGUAUCCAACUUCAUGUCAAAGCUUGUAUUGGGCGUCUGGACGUGGUCCCACGGUAUGGGCGAGGACAAGGACGAGGACGAGACAUCCUCGCGGAACACCUAUUAUGGCACAGGCCAAUACGCAUACCCAGGUUAUCCCUCCCAGGGGAUCGCGACCGGGCAGAGGAAUUAUCCCACGUAUACAGCACCGCCACCCCAGGCACCCCAAGCACUCCAGGCACCCCAGGCACCCCAGGCGCCGGAGCGCGUCAGUAUUAUGAUAAAGAAACUACGAUGCCUCGACUUCGACACACAACGGAACGUAGUCAAGACCUUGAUCAGCCCCGGAAUGGCCAAGGGAGCUACAGAGCCUCAUAUGACGUUUUGGUAUUCAUCGACCAGAUCGAGCCAGAAGGCUGGCCUCACGUUUGCCAAUGGCGCAACUGCGCAGGCUGUUCUAGACCACAUUCAGGGAACGAGACCUGAUUUGCCUGCGCAAUUCACGGAUGACGACAAUUUCAUGAAUCUGAGAUGUUUAAAAAUCCUUCUGCCCCUUGGAAUAAACGUUCUGUUGGCGCUACCUACAGAGGUGGCGUGCUACAGGAGCAUGACAGCACCACUCAUGGCAACACAUCCUAUAGCAAUGAGCCUUCCACAGAUUUUGGCAUCGCAACUCAUGAAGAAGCUGCUUAUGGCCAAGACGUUUAUGGCGAAACAGCUUAUGACGAAACAGCCCAAGGCAGCAGCGCGCCUCUCGUAG